AUGGGCGUCGCGCCGAUGACGUGUCUCGCGAUUCUCGGGGCCACCGCCGCAAGCGGAAAAGAGAAGAAAUUGGAAGCUGAGGAUAUUUUGCACGACGUCGCUACGCAUCAGAGUGCCAUCGAGGAGGAAUUGCGCGAGCACCGGGCGGAAAUCGAAAGGCUGAAGAUACAGCGGAGGGAGGUCCCGGACGAGUACUGCUGCCCCAUUACGUGCGAAUUGAUGAAAGAUCCGGUUCUCUGUGUUGAAGACGGACAGACUUACGAGCGCUGUGCCGUCGAGCGGUGGUGGUCGCGGCCCGGUACCAAAACGUCGCCCUCGACGGGCGCGACACUCGCCUCGACGACGCUGGCCCCGAACUACGCGCUGAAGAGUCUCAUCGCAGGCUGG